AUGGCACCGGCAAUAAUGUGCUUCGGACGAAAACCCUCUGCUACCGACCCGGAGUCCAGGAAGAAUGCCGAGAUCGAGAAGAAUCUCCGAGGCGACCGGAAGCGGGCUGAGCGCGAGGUGAAGCUGUUGCUACUCGGUGCCGGUGAGAGCGGCAAAUCAACCGUCCUCAAGCAGAUGCGCAUCAUCAACGCUGGCGGCUUCCAGAGUCUUGAGCGCAAAACAUGGCGGGCUACCAUCUUCAACAACUUGGUCUCGGCCUUCCAGACCAUCUACGCGGCCAUGCAAGAAGACGACAUAGACUUUGAGGACGACGACAACAUUCGGUAUUCCGAGAUGGUCAACUCUGCGCCCGACAUUGGCACCGAGGAGCCCAUGCCCGAGGAGUUCUACACAGCCUUCAAUUCCCUCUGGGCCGACAAGGGCGUGCAGCUCACCAUACUCAAGGGCAACCAGUAUGCGCUGCACGACAACUUGAAUUACUUCUUCCAGAACAUCGACCGCCUGUUCCAAAAGGACUUCCUCCCCACCGACCAAGACAUCCUGCGCACGCGAUUACGGACAACCGGUAUCUCCGAGACCAUCUUUGAGCUGGGCAACCUGACAUACAAGAUGGUCGACGUUGGUGGCCAGCGCUCAGAGCGAAAGAAGUGGAUUCACGUCUUUGACAACGUGCAAGUCGUGCUCUUCCUUGUCGCCAUCAGUGGAUACGACCACGUGUUGGUAGAAGACAGGAACGGCAAUCAAAUGCACGAAGCUCUGAUGCUGUUCGAAUCCAUAUCCAACUCCAAGUACUUCGAAAAGUCGGCGCUUAUUCUCUUCCUCAACAAGAUCGAUUUGUUCACCGAGAAGAUUGCAGGCGGAAUGAGCCCGAUCAGAAGGACAUUCUCCGACUACACUGGCGGCGACAGAGAUGUCGAGGCAGGCAAAGAGUUCUUCGCAAACAAAUUCCGCAACCUCGUGCGACAGCCCAAGAAAGAGGUCUACGUUCACUACACGAACGCGACCGACACGAAUCUGCUCAAGAUCACCAUGGCAUCCGUACAAGAUAUGAUUGUCCAGCGCAACCUUAACGCCCUGAUACUAUAA